GGCUUUAGACGUAGGGGGCAAAAAAAAAAAAAAAAAAAAAAAAAAAAAACCCUCCCCCUCUUUGGUCCCAGCUCUGUAAGCAUCAAAUUCUUUCUAUUUCGUUUUAAAUUCUUCGUUUUAUUGUUUCCAAGGGCUUUCUUUGCCGAUACACGAUUCCCUGAAGAGGAGAAUUUGUCAAAGAGAAGGAAGAUGGAUCAGGCUAAAAACCGUAAUAAGAAGAGAAGAACCAAUUUUGAUGAAGAGAAUUCAUCAAAGCAAGGAAGGGGGAAGAGCAGCAAGGGUAACAGGUUCAAUAAGCAGCGUCGAGGUGGAGGCAGGGAUCUUGAAUCCAAGAAGAUGAAAUCCCCAACGCCGGCGAAGCCGGGUGAUUCGUCGAGGCAACAAAUCACUCUCAGGAAAAGGGUUGAUCCUGAAACUGCAAAGUACUUCACGGAAAUUGCAAGGUUAUUUGAAAGCAACGAGGUAGACUUAGAGGAGCGUUCUGCCAUUUGUGGGAAUGCAUUGGAAGAGUCUAGAGGCAAGGAAGUUGAGCUUGCAACAGACAUGAUUAUCAGUCACACUCUUCAGAUUCUUGUUGAAGGUUGUGAUUUGGAACAACUAUGCGCGUUUCUUCGAAGUUGUGCCAAAGAUUUUCCAUCCAUUGCGAUGGAUAAGUUUGGGUCCCAUGUUGCUGAGGCUGCUCUUAGUUCUCUAGCUAAACAUCUCCAGGACGAGGGGUCUAUUUCUAUGAUCGAAGACACAUUGAACAAAUUAUGUCAGAUGGUUGUUACUGAUACCAUCAGAAUCAUGUGCUGUAGUUAUGGAUCUCACGUCCUUCGCAGCCUUCUUUGUCUAUGUAAGGGUGUUCCUGUAGACAUCUCGAAAGAAUUUCAUGUUACGAAGCCUUCGGCUAUUCUGUCAGAGCGAUUGAAUUUUGCUUCAGCUCAACAAAGUGGACACAAUACUGAGAAUUUUCAACAUUGCUUUACAGCAGUAUUUAAUUUUCUCGUUAGGGAAAUGUUGAAAUGUGCCAAAGAUGAGAUUGCUACUUUAAGAGUGGACAAAUAUAGUAGUUUCGUUUUACAGACUAUCUUGAAGCUAUUAGUGGGCGAUGAUCGAGAGUUAUUGCAUGCAAUUCUGACUAUUAUUGGCUGUGAGGAGAACGAUACCGCCGAAGGGAUGUUCAUUGAAGCUGAAAGAAAAAAACACGUUAUUGCUUUAUUAGAGGAUACUUCUUUCAGCCAUCUCUUCGAGGUCGUAAUCAAAGUGGCACCAGCUUCUGUGUAUGAUAAAUUUCUCAAUGAACUCUUCAAAGGGUCAUUAUUUGAAAUAUCAUCUCUUCAUUGUGGAAAUUUUGUGGUGCAAGCAUUAGUAUCUUCAGCAAAGACGAAAGAUGAAGUGGCUUUGAUCUGGGAAGAGCUUGGAUCAAAGUUAGAGGAAUUACUGGAAAUUGGGAAGCCAGGAGUUGUUGCUUCUGUUUUAGCUACAUGCCAGCGUCUCCAAAUCAAUAUCCAUGAGUGUUGCCAGGCUCUUGCUGCUGCUGUGAGUUCAAAAUCAGAAUCUACAAGUUGCAUUGUUCCCCAUUUACUGUUUCUCGAGAGCUACUUCAGACAAAAGUCUCAUUGGACGUGGCCCUUUGGUGAUAAGAUGCACACACUCGGGUGUUUGAUGUUACAAACCGUUUUUAGAUGUUCAAAAAAAUUUAUCCAGUCGUACAGUACAAGCAUUUCAUCAAUGGAUAUUGACCAUAUCCUUGAAACUGCCAAAGAUGCUGGAGGAUGCCGCGUCCUUGAAAGUUUUUUUUGCUCAGAAGCUUCUCCAAAGCAUAAAUUCGAGGUCAUCACCAAAUUGCAAGGUAAUUUCGCAGAGCUUGCCAUGCACCCUUCGAGUUCAUUUACAGUUGAGAAGUGCUUCACUGCUAGUGAUGUCCCUCUGAAGGAGACUAUUGCCUCAGAGUUAGUGGCAGUGCAAUCUGAUCUCUCAAAGACUAAGCAUGGGCCAUAUCUUUUGAAGAAACUAGAUAUUGAUGGAUUUGCCAGUCGGCCUGAGCAGUGGAAACGAAGCCAAGCAUCAAAAGAAACCAUCUACAAAGAGUUUCAGGCUACAUUUGGAUCCAACUCUCGACAUGAAGUACAGUCUGAGCCUUCACAGAAACCUUCAAACAAAAGAAAGAGAAAUAAUGGGAGAGCUAGUGAUAAAACUGAUGUUCUUGAUGUCUCUAAUUCAAUAUCUUCUCUAGGGUCUGAGUUUCCUGGUCUUGAUGUUUCGAUGGCCAAAAUGGGGCUUAUUGCUGAUAAACGAGGCAUCAAAAGAGAAAGACCAUCAUCAGAUACGGCAACUGCGAAGGAUUUUGGUAAGAAUACAUUUCUCAGAAAUGGAAGAAAAACAACUCCAUUUGUGAGAAAUCCUGGCAAGAGGAAGUCAUCAGCAAGUGAGCUUGCUAAUCUAGCUGGUAAGCAGAAACUGAGUUCAGGGGAUGUCCACAAGCUAUUUAAAUCAACAGCUCUGAAUGCGAUAAAACAAUCCCAGAAAGUGAAGAAACCUUUUCUCAGGAACCACGGGAAGUGAUAUUGUAGCAAGUUGUGAUUUUUCCCCCCUUAACAAUUUGUUUAAAUUUAAUAUUUAUGGUGAGUGUAGAAUUGAUGAGUUAAAGAGGAAAAUUUUAGAAUUUUAGCAGGAAGAUGGUAAUUGUUAUUUGCCUCUUCAAGUUUUGUAGGCUCUGUUAAUGUUAUUGUAUUUGUAUGCUAUUUAUAUUUCAAACAAGUGCAUCAUUAUAUUUUACUUUC